GGGAUUCCCUCAAGAGCCAAUCGCUCGUGAGCCACGGGACCGCCAGGAACAAAGAUGGCCGGGGCGGCCUCGGCGAGGGCAGGCUGAUUCGAAAGCCAGGCACCGGGCGGGACAGCAAAGGCAGAGUAACAGCAGCCGCGCGGUCGGGAGCAUGGAGGAGGGCAGCAGCGGCGGCAGCGGUGGCAGCGACAGCAACCCCGGCGGGAGUGGUGGGGCACAGCAGAGAGAACUGGAACGCAUGGCUGAAGUCCUCGUCACCGGGGAGCAGCUCCGGCUGAGGCUCCAUGAAGAAAAGGUUAUUAAGGAUAGGCGGCAUCAUCUCAAGACCUACCCAAACUGCUUUGUCGCGAAAGAACUGAUUGACUGGUUGAUUGAGCACAAGGAGGCCUCUGACCGAGAGACAGCAAUAAAACUCAUGCAGAAAUUGGCUGACCGGGGCAUCAUUCAUCAUGUGUGUGACGAGCACAAGGAAUUCAAGGAUGUAAAGCUCUUCUACCGCUUUAGAAAGGAUGACGGAACCUUCCCGCUGGACAACGAAGUGAAGGCCUUCAUGAGAGGACAGAGGCUGUAUGAAAAACUGAUGAGCCCGGAAACUACCCUCCUACAGCCGCGGGAAGAGGAAGGAGUGAAGUAUGAACGAACCUUCAUGGCCUCUGAAUUCCUGGACUGGUUGGUUCAGGAAGGUGAGGCCACGACAAGGAAAGAGGGGGAGCAGCUUUGCCACCGGCUCAUGGAGCACGGCAUCAUACAACAUGUGUCCAACAAGCACCCAUUUGUGGACAGCAACCUCCUCUAUCAGUUCAGAAUGAACUUCCGUCGCAGGCGAAGACUGAUGGAGCUGCUCAAUGAGAAGUCCCCCUCCUCCCAGGAGACGCACGACAGCCCCUUCUGCCUGAGGAAGCAGAGCCAUGACAGCCGGAAAUCCACCAGCUUUAUGUCAGUCAGCCCCAGCAAGGAGAUCAAGAUCGUGUCUGCCGUGCGGAGGAGCAGCAUGAGCAGCUGUGGCAGCAGUGGCUACUUCAGCAGCAGCCCGACGCUCAGCAGCAGCCCACCGGUGCUCUGCAACCCCAAGUCUGUGCUGAAGAGACCUGUCACUUCUGAGGAACUCUUGACCCCAGGAGCUCCGUAUGCCAGGAAGACAUUCACGAUUGUUGGUGAUGCAGUUGGCUGGGGCUUUGUGGUGCGAGGAAGCAAGCCAUGCCACAUCCAGGCUGUGGACCCCAGUGGACCUGCAGCCGCCGCAGGGAUGAAGGUCUGCCAGUUCGUUGUCUCUGUCAACGGGCUCAACGUGCUGAAUGUAGACUACCGCACCGUGAGCAACCUGAUUCUGACAGGCCCACGGACCAUCGUCAUGGAAGUCAUGGAGGAGUUAGACUGCUGAGCACAGGGACGUCCCCGCUGGUGCCCUGUCCCAGGACCACACAGCAAUGACGUGACAAGACAGCCGGACAAAUGGAUAAUUGGGACGUACAGAUCUUUUCUCUGUCCAUGCACACCAUGAAUUUCAUGCAGUGUUUGAAUGUGGAAGGACUGGGUAACACAUCUUUAAAAAAAAAAAAAACCACAGCAUGGUGUGUGGUGGCUCAGGUCUAUAAUCCCAAUACUCAGGAGGCCAUGGCAGGAGCAGUGCUGCCCGUUCAAGGCCAGUCUCAGCUCACAGUGUGAGUGCCCCUCUCAAAAACGGUGUGCGCUCACACGCGCAUGCACACGCAUGGGCUCAUGCCAACGUAGAUGACAAUAGCCAAACAAUUUCCCUUUGGGGUGGGAUUGCCUUACUAGAGCCCAGUCCAUAGUCCUUGACCAUUGGUUUCCAUGGUUGCAGAAAGUUGCUGAAAUAGCAACAUGGGAAAAUGCCAUUUUCAGAAGAAUGAUUAUUAUAUAGUUUACGUCAUUUCUAUUGUUCUUUGGUGGCAGGGAUAAUGAAACAGCACCUACAGUCCUGAAUACUUAGGGCAUGGGGGGAAAAAGGAGAAUCGCUUGAAUUCUGGUGGUUGAGCCAGCCUGGGCAACAUAGUGAGACCUCCACAUUAACAAAAAAGGUUUCUCACCAAAAUUAGCCUGAGGCUGUUAAAUAAGCCUAGAUUUCACUGUCUUAAAGUGAAAGUGACAUCCUUAGGGAUGUGACCGGCUAACAAGAAUUUCCACAAAGGUUCUUAAGCAUUCAACAGCGUAAAAGCCAUCAUCGCGGAGUAACUUUUUCCUCUCUAUUUAAAUCUUCUUACUAGGGUGGUGGGGCUUGCUAGGUCUCCCCUGGCUACUGACUUCUCCUUAAUUUUCAGCUUAACCUGUUUCAGGUAUGGCAUCAAUAAAUAAUAAAACAAACCUCCGUGCCCCGGGUGGUGGGGAUGGGCAAGGAGACAAUGCUCACAGCAGCGUGACCCUCUGUUCUCUUUCGCCCCAUACAUCUGCUCCAGCAGCUUUCUGGGGUUCAUUUUAAGUCUUACGGGUGUGAAAGCAAAGAGGUCUGUCCGUGCCUAUGGAAGACUCAAAGUCAAACCUCUGCUGAGAUUGCACUUUGCCAGGAUCCGCUUUUAAGGGAUUCGGCUCCAGUGCAACAAGGUUGAGAUUCAAAACGCCUUCUUAGCCUGGAUUUUUGCAAGCCUUCUAAUGUCAUGGGACGUGCUGCUCCUUUUAAGGUCUGCUUGCCACUGCCGCCUCUGUCUUGUGUUGGAAUUCUUCAUCUCCCUUGUGUGUGUUUCCUUGAUCUAGAAAAGACUCCCAGAGAAUCAGACAUGGUAGCCUGUGCCUGUAAUCCUAGCACCCAGGAAGUGGAGGCAGGAAGAUCAGGUGUUCAAAGUGAGCCCGAGAUAUAGGAGACCCUGUAUACCAGGAGGGGCGGGGGAUAUAUUCAGGGUAUUGGUAUGGAAAGGAUAGUCCUCAGACUACCAAACGAAGAGUCAUUUUGCAUACAAUUUUGAACAGAGGCUGCUUUCUUAUUAUGCAUUAACAAAAUAAUUGGGUUUUUUUUUGUUUUGUUUUGUUUUUUUGAUUUUCAAGACAGGGUUUCUCUGUAGCUUUUUGGUUCCUGUCCUGGAACUAGCUCUUCUAGACCAGGCUGGCCUCGAACUCACUGAGAUCCGCCUGCCUCUGCCUCCCGAGUGCUGGGAUUAAAGGCGUGCGCCAUCACCGCCUGGCUAACAAAAUAAUUGUUAUGCCUCAGUAAUUUCUUAGUGGGAGGUGAUCAUCAUGUAUUCGUACUGGUGGAAUACAUUUUACUAGCAUAUAUAUGCUAAUCCAACUUUUCUAGCUUUGGUAAGAAAAUAGGAUUUUGAAGCGCUAUGGGAUAGCUGACACUAAUAUUACCCAUCUAUGUCUGAAAAAGAUGCCGCGUGAGUACACUUAUGCUACGAGCAAGGCUCUCUGCUGUGGCAUUUAAUGUCUAUGCUCUCCUAAUUCCCUGUCACAGCCUUUUAAGAUAGCUGUUGUCACCCUCAUUUUUAGAUGGGGACACUAGGACUGAGGAGAUUCAAUAAUGGUCUCUAAGUUCAAGCACCUGUGAUAACUACAUAACCACAGCCCAUUUCUCUGAUGCUAAAGCCCCUUUGCCUGUCUGCCGCAGACUUCCUAUUUAGAGGUUUUAUAUUCAGGGCUCUUGAAGACUUCAUGGGUUUUUGUUUGUUUGUUUGUUUGCUUUUAUUGGCCUGAGAGGUCAAUACCGUCAUCACCCAUUUUAUAGAUGAAGAAACCGACAUAUGGUUCAUCAUAUGUUCAAAACAGCCCAGCAACUCUGUAGACCUUAUCACGUGGCUUUCAUUUGUGUUUGUUGUUUCUUUUGAGACAGUGUCAAGCUCCUGCUCCUCAAUUCCUAAGUGGGAUUACAGGCUCACAGCCCUGCACUCGGAUAGCAUUAAAACCCCAACAGAGGAGUCUCGGCUGUUUUCUGUCCUAGGUGUUUCUGGGUUGUCUUGAACCCGAGAUCCUAUAAUUUCCCUUUAGCCAAACUGAACACCCGUGGAAGCACCUCUCUGUACUCCACACAACCUCUCCUUCUAGCCAUCAGGGAGAGAGCGAAGAACACUUUAACUGGUUUAUUUGGCUCUUCUCAUCCCCAGUUUAAAGGUCAGGUGCCAAAGGACAUUUGCCACCUCAGCAAAUAUCUUUUGACCUUGAGUUAAGGUCUCUCUCUCUCUCUCUCUCUCUCUCUCUCUCUCUCUCUCUCUCUCUCACACACACACACACACACACACACACACACACACACACAGUCUCAUAAUAAUUAGUAAAUAUAGAUACUGCAAUGGCCCCCAGGACCUUGUUUUACUCAUUCAAUGUUUGCAUACAUGGUAUCUUAUUUCUAGGAUGUUAUUUCUCCCUCUUUGCCCAGGAGAAAUUAUUCUCAUUACUUUCUUUGGAUGUCAUCUCCUUAGAGAAAUCUUUUCCAGGUCCCCAAAGAUUUCCUUCCCUAUGUUCUCCAAAUGCCUUCAGACCCGUAAAUCCCAUCCUAUCCUCUAUGAGAGCAAAAUGACAUUUACAGUGUCAUUGCCCACCUCUCAGCCUUUGGGAGGUAGAGGCAGGAGGAUCAGGAGUUCAAUGAUAGCCUUGGUCACAGAACAUGUUGGAGGCCAAGCUGGGUCAUAUUAGAUACUGUCUAAGACACCCAAGGAAGUGGUAGGACCUCAUGAGCGAACCACAGGUACCUGGGAGUUUGCCAGCAGAACUGUGGGGCCCCAGCCCUUUCUCCUUUUUUUUUUUUUUUAACUUCUUGACCAUGAGAUGAGUUAGCAGUUUGGUUUCACCAUCUGCUCCCACACAAUGCACUAACUCACCAUAGAUCUCAAUGAGGUCAACUAGUCAAACCCUGUGAGCCAAAAUAACCCCUUUCUUGUUGGGACCCAAAAAUGUGGGCCAAAUCUGAAAAGUUGCCCCAAAAAGGCAACACUUUAUCAGUUGAUUGUCAGAGGUACCUUGUUAUAGACAUAGAUAACUGUCUAAUACACAUGGCUUCAUGUAUCUUGUCUCCAGGUUGCCUUUGCUCCAAGUUGAAUUGCCACAGUUCCAGGUCAUGUAACCCCAAAUAAUCUAGAAAGAAUCUACAGCCUUCUCUUCUUUGGAUUAAAAAUCGAAAACCCCAAAAUGGUUCACAUCGUUUUGAGAACCAAAGCAAGUCAUAAAAGUAGCUCUAGGUUGGAUAGAUAGUGCAGUGCCUGGUUGUGGCUGAGCAACGGUGGUGCAUGCCAUUAAUCCCAGCACUUGGGAGGCAGAGACAGGCGGAUCUCAAUAAGUUUAAGGCCAGCCUGGUCUACAAAGUGAGUUCCAGGACAGCAAGGGGCUACACAGAGAAACGCUGUCUUGAAAAAAACAAAAAACAAAAAAAAAAGCAAAACAAAAACAAACAAACAAAAAGCCAACACAGGUUGUUCUUCCGGAGAACACAUGUUUGAUUCCUAGCACCGCAUAAUGUCUCACAACUGGUGUGAUUAUAGUUCUAGGGGGUCCAUGCAACCUUACAUGCAUGCAAAACAUCCAUAUACACUCAAGUAAUUAAAAAAAUAAAACUAGCCCAGAAUCCAGGAGAAUUCCAGUGGGGAAAUAAACACCAUCUUUUAUGAGAAGACUUACAUGGACUUUGUGGCCAUUUUCAAAUCUCUAAAAGUAAAUGCAAAAAACAGCAGUCAUUGCUCGUUGAAGGUAGUUAUUGAAAGCUUUAGGAUCUCUGGGUCCAAAUUCGUAUCCAACCAUUGGGUGGGAGUGUCAAUGAAGUCUGAUUUCUAAUGAUAUUUUCAGAGUCUGUAGACCUAAAAUGUUAGUGCCAUGUGCUAUGUAGAACACAGUUUAAUCAUCUCAUUUGACUAACAAAUGAGGUAUAGAACGGUCUUGUGUUAUACCCAAACUCAUGAAACUUUUCAGGAUGGAGUUUGAGCUUUAUGCCUUCUGAGUCUCCUGUCAUCCAGCCCUGUUGCAGUAGAGCUGAAACAGGCCUAUGGCAUGAUGUACUCAAAAAUCAAAGCAGUACCUGGUGUCUGGGAAGGGAAGGGAAUAUCAUCUUUUAUUGUUGUUUGUUUGUUUCAAAUUCUUAUUCUGAAUGUAGGCCAUGUUGGCUGGGAAUGUACUAUAUAUAGCACAGGCUAGUCUCAAACUCAACCAUCCUCCUGCUUCAACCUCCUGAGGACUAGAAUUACAAGCCUGAGCUACCAUGCCUGUUUUCAGUUAUUUUGGUCUUCAUGUGUAUUGGUGUGUCUGUGAUCUUCAAAGAGGAAAUGACACCUACUGCCUGAUAUAACUUACCUACACACCUUGGACGUUUUCCUUCUUGUUCCCUGAAAAAAUAUUUUCAAAGCCAGGCUUGAUGACUCACACCUAUAAUUCUAACAUUUGGGAAGCUGAGGCAGGGGAAUUGCCAUGAGCUUAAGGCCAGCCUGGGCUACAGAGACUUGGCCUACAAAACAAAACUAGACAAAAUAUUCUAAACUUUUUUUUAGAUGUCUGUGUACAAUGUUUUUUUUCUUCUUUUUUUUUCCUUGUUCUAGUGGAAGAAUGUGUACAAUGUUUUAUGCUUUAAUGAUGGGAAGGAAGACAGUUUUGUUCUGUAAUUAGCACUGUAUGUGCAAAUUAGAAGACCAUCUUUUGUCGAAAUGAAAACGGCGCUAUUGUCCUCUGGUCCGUUUCUGCCUCCUGAGGUUUAAUUACAACUAGAUGUGGUGACCCAGCACAAGGAGAAGACUCAUGUUGGAGAAAAGAGUUUUAGGCUAUCCUGGGCUCACACAGAGACCCUAUCUAAAGAAUAAUUUAUCAGGUCUAGGAUCUCACCCCUCUGAUCCCAGCACUGGCCAUAUCCAAGGCCAGCCUGGACUACAUGUGAUACCCCAAAGGCAUAAUAACUAAGGCUAAGAUCAAGAGACGGUAGUUAAGAUGAGGAAGGCAAGCCAUCUUCACCUAAAUGUGCCGUGAUGGACUUUUACACCAUUGGUGACAGCUGGCUUCUUUUGGAAGGACAGACACCAAGGUUAAGAAUAUCGCUGCUUGCCAUUCAAACAGGAGUCUUGAGUUUCCAAACUUUCAAAGGUCUGGUGAGAUGAUCCACUCCCGAGGCCUGCUUUAAACUGUCAGUACUGGCUCUUCUCCGCAGGCUGCUGAGAAGUCUGUUUUUCUUUGCCUAUAAAUGAGCAGAAUAACCCCAGGGUACUUUGAUGUGGCUGGCUGGGUGAAAUUGGUUGUUGCCAUCAAUCGUGAUUUUCUGUCACCUGAGCUUCAGGUGGAAUGUAUACUUCUUCGAUUACAGUCCCCAAAGGACAAAAGAGCUGUGUGCCAAAAUGAAGUUCGCCGUCAAAGAUCACAUAUAGGAUUGUUAAAUGAGUUUAAAAAUACCUAAUAUAUAGCUCUAUUUUAAAAUUUGGUGAGAGUGAUUUGCUAUCUUUAUUAAAUCUGUACUGUAAUUCUUAAAAUGAUUGUAUGAAAACACAAGGGCAUAGCAUGAAAUAAAUGUUGCAUUAAAAAUGA